CAUAUAAACUACUGAAAUUUAUAGUUCAUACUAUUUUUUUGGAUUUACACAAUUUGAUUCUCUUUAAUUUUACUCAACGUCGUCUCUCUGUAUUUCUGUUCUAAUUUAAGCUUCAUGAUUGAAAUUCAUGUGUAAUUGAACUAUUUGGGGUUGGGGGUGGAGGGUUUAAGGGAACUUUUCAUAACUUCCUUUCGGUUUAGAUUCAGACAAGUUUAUAUUUGAUCGUAAUUUUCUUUUAAAGAUUUUGUUGAUAUUCACUUAGUUUUCAAAUAUAUUAAAAGGAUUUCAUGUCCAAAUUAUAUGGUUUAGAUAUGGAAAAGCGAAAACUGUCGUAUAAAUUGAGACAGAGAGAGACAGAGAGACAGUAAUUACUUAAGAGUGAACAUUCAAUAAUAAUAGUGAUUUUAAGGAAGAACACAUAAUUAGUUUAGAGUAAAUAUUCAAUUAUCAUAACAUGUCUUGAAUUUCAAGUUACUUGUGAUGUUUACCAAUUGUAAUCAUUUAGGUAACCUAGUAUAGUUAUUUUGACAGUGUCAUUAUUAUUUAUACAAGAUGAACUCCUUUGUUUGUGCUUUGACUUUGAGGUAUUAUUCAUUUGUUAACAAAAGAAACUUCAAAUUUUCUAUGAGUGAAAUUAUUCAAUCUCAAAUUGUUGUAACUCGAGUUUGCCGUGUGAGGUAUUUCCUCUGUUUGUUAGGGAGUAGUCAAGAGAGACUAGAUUGGAAUCAGUUUUAUAGGUGAAGAGAGUGUCUUUAGUUGGAAAUUAAGAAGGAUUUUUAAGCAUUUAACACAUCAUAUGAUGGAUCAUAACCAAGUUUAUGAUUCUCAUUGGAAGCAAUAUUGUUUACUGGGAAAAUGACACAGUUGAAUUUGUAAUGAGGUCAAGGACACGCAUCUUGAAUUAACUCGUUAAGUUUGGCUAUUAUCAGUUAAAUAUGUUUGCUAAGAAUUAAGUGGAAGUUGUAAGGAAAGUAAAAUUGAGUCGUAUGAAGCAAUAGAGCCUCGAUGAGAUGGGUUUGCACUGGAUCCUGGUGAGGUUAGAGUGUUCCUGAUAUUAAAUCUGUUUAUGUAUAGUAAUGCUUGAGAGCUUGGACUUAGGAGAAUUUGAAAGCUUGGAGCAUACAAUUACGUUAAAACUGCUAUUUAUAGGUAAAAAAGGUAAGACAUCAUCCAAUAGAAAAGCUCCACUCGAGCACUAAAGUACUAUGCCCAAUAGCCGAUUCCACGUGGAAAUACCGUUGGCUGUGCCAACUAUUAUCCCUCUGCAGCUGGAUAAUGUACAAACAUAUCUGGUGUAUCUGUCCUUUUUCCAAGUCAUCGUGACACGAGUUCCCGUUUUCUUUUCCAAUGGUGCUCAUUUUAUGGUCUCGGUAACAAGUCGAGGUUUGAGCUUCACCAAACACAUCUCUAGACCAACCAUUCCAUUAAAAAGCCUUCGUGAACAUCAUUUUUACAUCGCACGUGUUCGCUCCUCGUCCUGCGACGUGCACAAGCUAUUCUUUUACCCAAUACAAAUAUGUGUCGUGGUUAAAUUAUCAGGCAUUAGGAUCAGUUCAGUGUACCAAACUGGAAAAUUUUGGUGACAUAUGGAGCCAAAGGCGGAUUUACCGAUAUGGUUACAGGUUCGGCAUGGCCCAGUAACUUUAACCCAGACCUUGUAUUUGUGCUAAAAAGAAUAUAAUUGAUAUGUUAUCUGUCCAUAAUUCACAAGCAUAAAAGGGUGUGUUAAAAAGUGAGAAUCUAAGAAAGUAUACAAGACGCAUUAAUCAUGAGAUCUUCUUCUCAUAUGCUUAUUGUUAAGUUGCAUUAAUAAUUAAAACGCUAAUGCGCUAUCAGUAGCCUUCGACAGCAGACUCCAUUACAAAGCAUUGACGGCUCAAAAUUUCAUGGGUGCACUCUAUACUCCCCCUUUAAAGUUGCGGUCUGUGAUUUGGACGUACAUCUAGCUUUUAAAUGAGUACUUGAUCUUCUGAACUCUGAAGUAAUCAAACAAACGUUGACACUUGACUAUUGAUUCGACACCUAAUGGGAGCUGGGGAAGAGAGCACCCCUGCAAAGCCUUCGAAAGUUACUUCGACUCAGGAAACACAAGCAACACCUUCAUAUCCUGAUUGGUCUUCUAUGCAGGCUUAUUAUGGUGCUGGAGCUACACCUCCCUUCUUUCCCUCAACUGUUGCUUCUCCCACUCCCCACCCGUACAUGUGGGGAGGCCAGCAUCCGCUUAUGCCUCCUUAUGGAGCCCCAGUCCCAUAUCCUGCUUUAUAUCCUCCUGCUGGAGUUUAUGCUCAUCCUAAUAUGCCUAUGACUCCAAACACACUGCAGGCAAAUCCAGAAUCAGAUAGUAAGGCACCAGAUGGUAAGGACCAGAAUACAAGCAAAAAAUUGAAGGGAUGUUCAGGUGGCAAGGCAGGAGAAAGUGGGAAAGCGGCCUCAGGUUCUGGAAAUGAUGGUGGUGCCACAAGAAGUGCUGAAAGCGGAAGUGAAGGUUCAUCAGACGAAAAUGAUGAAAAUGAUAACCAUGAAUUUUCUGCUGACAAAAAUAGAAGCUUUGAUCUAAUGCUUGCUAAUGGAGCCAAUGCUCAGACCAAUACUGCAACAGGGAAUCCAGUCGCUAUGCCCGCACCUAAUCUGAAUAUUGGGAUGGAUUUGUGGAACGCACCGUCUGGCGGUCCCGGAAUGAUCAAAAUGCGAUCAAAUCAAUCUGGUGUCUCGCCAGCUCCUGGGAUGGGACGUGAAUGGAUUCAGGAUGAACGUGAACUUAAAAGGCAAAAGAGAAAGCAGUCUAAUAGAGAAUCAGCUCGGAGGUCAAGAUUGCGCAAGCAGGCUGAGUGUGAAGAGCUACAACAUAAGGUAGAGACAUUGAGCAAUGAGAAUCAUGGACUCAAAGAGGAGUUGCGAAAGGUCUCUGAGGAAUGUGAGAAGCUUACCUCGGAGAAUAAUUCAAUAAAGGAUGAGUUGACGAGGUUGUAUGGGCCAGAGGCUGUGUCCAAGCUAGAGAGUAAUGCCAACGCCAUGCGUCUUCAGUCCAAUGUUGAGGAAGCUAAGAGUUGAGGACAAGCCAUGACAGAGUAACUUAUUUUGGUUAAAAUGCUCACAUAUCUCUUACUGCCCGUGAGAAAUCUAUAGCUUUUACCGUGCGUUAGAAGUAGAAACCUCUGCUUUUCUACUAAUUUAUGCCCUUUUUAACCCUUUUGAGUGAAAUUUAUAACAUUAAUUCUUGGAUUUUUAGCCCAGGUUUGAAUCUUAAUCUAUGACAACAUUGUAAAAGUAACUGACUAGCUUGAUCUUAGACCAUUUAGUUUUCUGGUGGCUUGGAUUGUAUUCUAUCUUGCUUAGUUUGUUAUGUUUUCAAAAGUUGGGAAAUAUAUUGCAUCCAAAAUAUCUCCUUAUUGGCCAGUGCUGCCAAUUGUACUGA